AUCAUUUUCAUCGUUAGUCGCCCCGCGCUCGGCCAGCCGUUUUUUGACAAGAGCUCUCUCACACGCAGCAGCUUCUCUGCGUGUCGCGAGCAGAAACCCUUGUCCCUUUGGCCGGCCUCGAAAGGAAUUUACAGAAAAGAAAGGUCUUAUCAUAGCCAGUCGCACUUCUCGCGGGUUCCGCGCCAUCUCCGUUGCUCUCAAAUAAAAAUCAGCACCAUUUUCGCGAAUUCGCCACCCGUUCUCUCGCUGCCUCUCCGAUACCCGUAUCCAUAUGUUCGUCGCUAAUACAUAGGAGCGCAAACCCUUCCCACGAUUUGCCCCCAUUUUUUACAAAUACCCAAAAGAGCUUCAAGUUACUACCGCAACCGUUCUAGAAAGCAUGAGACACGUCUGCCUCAACCGGUAGCCAUGGACGCCGACAGCGACGACCCGCGCCAGGACGAGCUCAGCUCUUUACAGGCCAUCUUCCCCGAAAUCGAGCCCGACGACCAGCGACCCUUCUGCUUUACUAUUCAACUGCCGGUUCGUCCCGCGAAGCCCGUGACCGUUGCGUUUCCUGCCGCCCCAAACGCCCAAGAUACAGCCGCUGCUCAGCUCCCAGGCAUCGAACCCCGCGUCGAUUCGCAUGAGCUCUCCCACCUCCCGGCCGUCGUGGUCCGCAUGGAACUGCCCGAGGGCUAUCCUUCAGAGCGGCCGCCCGGCGUCAGCAUAAGCACAUCGCCACCGUGGCUGACGAGGGAUGCCAUCAAGAAGCUGGAGGACGACGGCCCGCGAUUGUGGGAGGAGAUGGGUCGUGACAUGAUCGCUUUUACAUACAUUGAUCACGUCCAGCAAGCUGCGGACGAUGUGUUUGGCAUGGUUGACGGGAACGGCACUCUGGAGAUUGAUCCAUCCCACAAGAUUGCCAUCCUGGACUACGAUAUCGAGGCUGCUCGGGCCGCGUUUGAGAAGGAGACCUUUGACUGCGGCAUCUGUCUAGACCCCAAGAAAGGUUUCAUGUGUCACAAGAUGCUCGAUUGCGGGCACAUAUUCUGUAUCCAAUGCUUACAGGAAUUCUACAAUAAUGCCAUUACGGAAGGAGACCUGGCAACUGUCCGCUGUCUUGCCCCGAACUGCUCCAAAGAGCGCGCCGAGGCGGGACAGAUCUCGGCCUCGGGGAAGAAGCGCAAGGUCAAGACUUCCAUCAGCCCAAGUGAACUGCUCCAGAUUGGUCUGUCCCAAGAGACGGUGACUCGCUACGUGACCCUCAAGUACAAGAACGAGCUCGAGUCGGACAAGGACACCAUCUACUGCCCCCGGUCGUGGUGCCAGGGCGCUGCGAGGUCCAAGAAGCACAGGAAGCCCGAGGGGUUGGAGAUGGUUGAGGCUUCAGGUGAAGACACAGAGGACGAUGAAGGUGCCGAAGGGCAUGACGAAGGCGGAAAAGGCAAGAAGAAGCAGGCUUUUGACCGCGGGGACCUCCUGGCGAUAUGCGAAGACUGCGGCUUCGCCUUCUGUAGCCGCUGCUACCAGUCGUGGCAUGGCGAGUUCUACCGCUGCACGCCCAAGCGGGACACGGGCGAGCUUUCGGCCGAGGAGCAGGCCUCGAUCGACUACAUCAACCUUCAUACCACACCGUGCCCGACGUGCGGCGUCACAGCGCAGAAGAGCCACGGGUGCAACCACAUGAUCUGCUUCCGUUGCGCCUCGCACUUCUGCUAUCUAUGCUCGGCCUGGCUCGACCCCAGGAACCCGUACGCCCACUUCAACGAACAGCCCGACGGCAAGAUCACGUCGUGCUUCAUGCGCCUGUGGGAACUGGAAGGCGGCGAUGGCGAUAACGUCGGCAUUGGCUUCGCCGGCGGCGCGCGGCAGGCGCAGGCGCAGGACGAGGACGAGGACGAGGACGUCGUCGAGAUAGCCGACCUUGUCCCCGAGAUCGAGGAGCCGGACGACAGCGAUUCGGACACGGAGGCGGAGGCGGACGACGUUCUCCAACCACCGCCCCCUCCGGCUGGUGGUGUUGCACGAGAAGGGCCGCUCGUCCUACGGAUAGGAGCCGACCCGGCUCCUCGGGGCGGCCGAGGAGGAGGAGGAGCAGCAGCAGCAGGGGCGGCUCACGGUCCCGUCCCGCCUGCCGCGCCACCAGCGCCGGUCAACCCCGCGAGAAGAGGCGGGCCUCCCGUACGAGGCGGACGUGGCGGGCGCGGAAACAGAGGCGCAGACGCUCGAGGCGGUCGGCGGCAGAACCAGCAGAGGAACCAGCGGUUACGGGUGCCCGUCGUGGGCAGGAAUGGGGAGAUUGGCAUCGGGGUCGUUGACGCCGACGCGCUCGACGCAGCGCAGGAAGCCUGGAUCAGACGAUUCGUGCAGAUGGCUUUGGACGACGAGGAAGAGGACAGCGACGAGGGGUGAUUGGUUCCUGAUGGGCGCAACACAUGUCAGCCGGGCACGAUGAGAACCAUAGACGGGAGAGCAGGGCAACUUGGACAUAGACGACGGCAUGAUGGUCAGACAGGACAGCGAAUGGAAUGAACUACCGAACUACCUUUGGCCGGGAC